AUGGCGCCGAAGCGUGCUGCGGCUAGUGCGGACGGUCCAAGGGCCAAGGCGCCCAAGAUGCCGCAGCUGAAGACCUUGACAUCUUCCAACAAGGAGGAGUUGGUGAAGCUCAUCGGCGUCCUGUGUCGCAAGUUCCCCGAAGUCCGUCGGGAGGUGCAGGGCUUCAGUCCCACGGUCCCCUUGGAGGCGAUGCUGAAAGAGAUCCAACGCGCUGCGGCGAUGAUCAACAAGAAGUUGCCAUGGGACAGGUACGGUCGUGGAAAUGGAGACACAUAUGCCUACAAUCGCGUGAGAAGUUUCAUUUCGGCCUUUGGGAAAGUGUUGCAAGCGCACCUGAAGACUGUGGAGGUGAGCGGCCAGGAGGACAAGAUCGAAGAAUUCCUCCACACAUGCUACAGCCUGGUCCUGGACAUGCACACCUUCAACGAUCCCAAGCAUAAUGGAACUCAGAGCAGACUUAAGACGUCGCUGGAGAAGGUGGCCAAGAAGUAUGACGUCCAGCUUGGGGAGGGAUCGGAUAUAUCGGACACGGAUGAUGCAUCUCAAGGAGGCUUGGCGUUGGAUGCCUAA